CUUGUCCGGCAGCCCGCAGCCCAGAAAACCCCACUCGACAGCGAUGCAAAACGCAGCACUUCCCGAAAGACCCUGCACGCCACGCAAGCGCCUGCAAUUCGCACAGCAAGAAGAUCACAAGACCGGUCAAAAGAUCAAAAUUACUCGAGAGGCCACGAUCCGCGGUGUCUCCGCCAUCUUCGUGGGGACGACAGUGCAGGCCGUCGUGAGUAGUAGCCCCAGAAAGCACGAGCAGACUUCUACCAGCGGCAAAAUGAACACGGUUGCAACUUGAUGCGGAUAUUUCCUGUAUGUUAAUGAAGCUGUAGUUACUCUG